AAAGUUUCCCAGUAUUAUUACUUUAUUGUGAAAAAAAAUAUAUAAAUACAAACUUCAACCCAGUUCUGCAUUGCAUUUAUAUUUUUGCUUACACAGGUAAUUGUGGAAUGAAAAACAGAUUUAUCAAGCUUGCAUAUUCAAAUAAUUUUAGCGAAAGAAAAUUUUGUCAAAAUGGACUCAUUUAAAGACAAGACGAACACAACUCAACAGGCGAUCGACAUUAUUACGCAAUAUCCUGAAAUCUGGAAUGGCUAUGGAAAAGUAAGAAUUAUCAAAGAUUCUGGAAAGGAAAAUGUUGUCAUUAAAAAAUCUGCGGCUCCUGAUUUGUUGACGAAACAAAUAAGAAAGCAAGCUACAAUCCAUCAUCAAAAAUCGCUGAAAGAUCUUACAUACAAAGAUCUUUUUCCCUACGCUAAAGAUGAGAAGGUUACCGAGGAAGUUAUUGCACGAAUUGUUUCGAAGCUCUGCGAUUUUAUCAAAGCUUCAAACGACAGGAAAACUCCUGUCAUUAACUACGUAUCACCUGACGACCUUCAAAAAGAAAUUGAUUUUACACUGAAUGACAACGGCACCAGUCUGCAGCACAUGCUCAACGUAGCUGAUAAAAUCCUCCAGCAUUCUGUUAAAACAGGUCAUCCGCGAUUUUACAAUCAACUUUUCUCUGGACUCGAUAUGACAUGUUUGAUGGGACAAUGGAUUAGCACAACCACCAACACCUUGAUGUUUACCUAUGAAGUUGGACCGGUUUACAUUAUGAUGGAGAAGUACGUACUCGACAAAAUGAGAGAAUAUAUUGGUUUUCAUAAUGGAGAUGGACAAAUCUUUCCAGGAGGAUCUAUCUCUAACAUGCAAGCAAUGAGUAUUGCUCGCUUUAAGUACUUUCCAGACUUAAAAGAAGAAGGGUUACAAGCAGGUCCGAAACUAGUUGCUUUCGUUUCGGAAGAAGCUCAUUAUUCCACCAACAAAGCAGCUGCUACUUUAGGCAUCGGGACAAAAAAUCUGAAAAAAAUUACCACCGAUAAGAAUGGUAAAAUGAUGGUAUCUGACCUUAUCGACCAAAUAGAAGCAGCCAUUGCACGUGGCGAAAAACCAUUUUAUGUAUGCGCUACGGCUGGAACAACCGUGAAAGGCGUUUUUGAUCCAAUUAAUGACAUAGCUGAUGUCUGUGAAAAAUAUGACAUGUGGCUACAUGUAGAUGGGGCAUGGGGUGGAGCUUCGUUGCUUUCACGAACGUACAAACACCUGCUGGCGGGUGUUGAGAGAGCAAACUCAAUGACAUGGAAUCCACACAAACUUAUGGGAUGUUUGUUCCAAUGCUCAAUGCUUUUCACACGCGACAAAGACAUUCUUACAAAAUGCAAUCGAGAAAGUGUACAAGGUGCAUCAUAUCUCUUUCAAAAAGAUAAGCGAUUGUACAAUUCUCGAGAAUGGGAUCAGGGAGACAAAACCAUCCAAUGCGGACGUAAUGUAGACAUUUUGAAAUUAUGGAUGAUGUGGAAAGCGAAAGGUAAUCGAGGCAUGGAAGAACAAAUCGAUCGUGCUUAUGACAAUUCUCGAUAUUUAGCAAAAAAAAUACGAGAAAGAGAAGGGUUUGAGUUGAUCCAAGAACCUGAAUGCACCAACGUUUGCUUCAACUAUGUGCCGCCAAGUAUUAGAGCAAUGCCUCAUGGUCCUGAAAGAGAUGCAUUGCAACAUAACAUUCCUCCAAUCAUAAAAGAAAGAAUGACCAGGAAUGGAAGCAUGAUGAUUGGUUACCAGCCGUUAAAACAACACGUCAACUUUUGGCGUAUGACGGUCAUAAACCCGGCAGUGACGUAUAAAGAUAUGGAGUUUGUUGUAGAUGAGAUUGAACGUUUAGGAAAAGAUUUGUAGAGUAAUUAUUUGUAUAUAUUUGUGCAUAAGUUAUAUUUAUAAACAGAAAUACUAAUGCUUAAUUUGUAAAAUUCUAGUCAAACUAAAAAAAAGAAAAAAAGAAACUACUUACGUAAAAAGAACAA